CCGUUCUAUCCGCCUUUGCUUCUCUAUCUUUAAAACAUAAAUUAUAAAAACAAACCCUUAAAUCAUUUUUUAAAGAUUUAAUUUUUGUUUUAUGAAUGUUUUACCUCACAUGUCUCUGUGCACCACAUGUGUGCCUGGUGUCUGGUUUCCUGGGAAGCCAGAAGAGGGCACUAGAUCCCUCAGAGCGAUAGAAGGUUCUAAGCCACCAUGUGGUGCUGGGAACUGAACCCUGGUCCUCUUGUCUAUCUUUGCUGCAUUUCUUCUCUGACACAUAAGUAACUUGCCUUUCUUGUCUGCUCCUAUUUACUCUGGUCUACACUAGAGUCCUUUUCACAGUCUACUAAGCACCAUCACCCUUUGUAUUACUUCAAAGCCACAACACGACCAUCUGGCUGUGGACUCUGCAGUGAGACUAAAGGCCCUAAUUUCCAGUUAUGCCCACACCCAUCCUUUCCCUAAUGUGCCUCUCUGACCUACUUAGCUCAGGCCAUAUCCAAUCCUUCCUUCUCUGUCCAUUUCCCUUCCCUCUACCAGGUAUUUUUUUAUUUAAAAAAAUUUUUUUGAGACACAGUGUUACUAUGUAACCCAGACAAGACAGGAUUUUGUGAUCAUCCUCCUGCCUUCACCUUCCAAGUGCUGGGAUUAGAGGUGCAGACUGUUGGAACCAGCGUUCUAAAACAGCUUCCCACUGUUUCCAGAUCACGCCUAGAUCGCCUAACAUCAGGAAAUGAGUGUAUCACUUCUCUAGAGCCAUAUAUAGAGAUUUAUCUGUAAGAACACUUUCUUGUGCUCGUCUUAGUCCAUGAAAUAAAUGUCCUAUCCACCCUUAAACAUCUGACAAACUUCUGUUCCUCUCCCCUCUUCCAUCCCCUUUCAUGGGUGUGCCCUCUCUCUGCCUCCUCCUCUGAGAGAAAAUCUAGGCCUCAUUCGUACUUGGAAGAGCUCUACCACAGAGUUGUUAUCUUGAGCCUAGGUUAAAUCACAUUUUUGACAACUCUUCUAUUUUUCAUCUCCUUUAUUAAAGCAACUGUUUCUUGGGGGGUCUUGAUUUUCGUGUUAAACUUUAUCUUUUCUAUAGUUAAGGGCAUGGUACUAUUAGUAGAUUUUACCUUAUGGGCCUUUAGUAUCUUAAUAUUACUGAUAAUUAAAAUGAUGUUCAAAUUCUACUUAGGAAGAAGAAAAAGAGAAGAGAGACAUGUCUGUUGUAGCAUAUAAAAACACUACCCUGUAGCCUUUGAUAAAUGUCUUUUUUUUCCUGCCAUUCACAAUAAUAAUAAUAAUAAUAAUAAUAAUAAUAAUAAUAAUAAUAAUAAUAAUAAAUUUUCUAGGCUGGGUGGAGUACAAAAGUACUGAGUGAAAUUUGAAACCAACUGUAAUUAUCUCUGAGAGCCACUGCUAAUCUCAGUUCAUAUGGUCUUAACAGUAAAAUUACCAAAAAAAAAAAAAAAAAUUAGAAACAGUGUGAUAGGAAACACACUCAUUUAAGGACAUUUUCCUACAGUGCUUAAAAUAACCAAGCUAAAAUGCUUUUAAACACUGUUCUAGAAUUACACGCUCUUCUGUCACUUCCUGACUGAGCCUAAGGUAGCUCUGACUUCUAUAGUUACAGUUCAGAUACUGAGUCAGUAACACAGGAAACCAGCCAACAGCGUGAGCUAUUGUUUGGAUGUAUAUACAUUUACUUUGCAUCAAGAUAAUUAAUCAAGCUUUCCAACUUGGGCCCGGCAGAAUGGCUCCCGCAAAGAAGGAUGGCGAGAAGAAGGGCCGUUCUGCCAUCAACAAGGUGGUGACCCGAGAAUACACCAUCAACAUUCACAAACGCAUCCAUGGAGUGGGCUUCAAGAAGCGUGCUCCUCGGGCACUCAAAGAAAUUCGGAAAUCUGCCAUGAAGGAGAUGGGGACUCCAGAUGUGCACAUAGACACCAGGCUCAAUAAAGCCGUCUGGGCCAAAGGAAUAAGGAAUGUUCCAUACCGCAUCCGAGUACGCUUGUCCAGAAAGCGUAAUGAGGAUGAGGAUUCACCAAACAAGCUCUACACACUGGUAACUUACGUGCCUGUUACCACAUUCAAAAACCUACAGACAGUCAAUGUGGAUGAGAACUAACUGCUGAAUGUCAAAUAAAGUUACAGAACUGCCCAAAAAAAAAAAAAAAAAAGAUAAUUAAUCAAGAUUAGAUUUGUUAAAUGACCUAGCAAAAAUUCAUUGGCAGAUACUUAGAUUUAAAUUAGAAUGAAAUAAAGAUCCAUUCUAAGAAACAACAAAAAUGAAAUGCACUCAUUUAACUUUGUUGUUGUGGUUUUUGUGUUCGGUUUCUGUGCUGGUCUGUUUUGGGACGGGGCAUGUACUCAGUCUGGCUUUGAACUAAACAGCUGAGAUGGUCUUGACCCUUGAUCCUCCUCCUACCUCCCAAGUGCCCGGAUUAGUUAUAUGCCAUCGUCGCCUUCAUGACCAAACCACUCGCUGACAUUUUCUUCCUCAGUUCCAGGUUUUGUAAAAUAAACUGCAAACUGUAUCCCCAAAACUCUUCCAACUCAAAACUCCCCAGAGUUUUACAGUAAUGCAAACAUGAACAAGUAUAAAUAUUUUAAUAUCUCACGAUAAAUUUCUUAAGGAAAACGUCUCGCAUGCAAACAACAGAGCGCAGCCACCAUCCGACAGCGCUCCUACUUACUUCCAGGUUCUGGCACUCCUGGGCGGAGUUGGUAGGCAGCCCAAUCCACUUGAUUUCUUUUUUCUCCUUUGAAAUUAUGUUCAUUGCCAUUAGCACAUUCAGAGCAUCAUAAACUCUUCGUCUAAUGUUCUUCUGAUCAUAAGCCUGCUGAAAAUGUUUUUAUUAAGGGAUGAAUUUUAAAGGUUAUCUUCACAUGCUGUUGAUAUUAACAGUAGUAUCUCCCAACUACUGGAAAAUUCUAUGCCCCGUGAAAACAUCUUGGAGGUCAAUAUGUAACAAAGACACUGGUAAACUUUUUUAAAACACUUUACUUGUGUGUGUAUUUGGGGAGGGGCAGUGGACAUAAACUCUUGCCAUAUUGUCCAUGGAGAGCUUCCAAGGGCCACUUGUGGAAGCCCAAUCUCUUUUUCCAUCACAUGAAUCUUAUGACUGAACUCAGGUCAUCGGGCUUGGUGGCAAAAUGCUUUUGUCAGCUGAGGUAUCUUACCAGUUCUGAAGACAUUUUUUUUCAUUUUUUUUUUUUUAAGGUUGUUUUGAGGGUUGAACCCCAGGCCUCAUGCAUGCUAAAAGAAUGUUCUACCACUAGGUGACAGCUCCAGCCCUGAAGAUACCCGUAACACAAAAGAGUGUCAGAAACAAACUCUAGACCACCCUAGGUUGACAAGAACACUACGGGGACAUCUUUGGGUGGGGGAAGAGUACUAAAACUGGAAGCUUGGAGAUGCAGAAAACAUAAAGAUGAGGGUAAAUCUCAGCUGCAUAAAGUUUUUAAGAAGUCCAAGAUAUAAAAACUAAUAUUAUAACACAUGUAUACAUAGAGGGGUAAAGUAUUCAAAGUGCCUGAAUUAUUUGGAAGAAUUCUAUACUUGUUUGGAUCCCCAUCACCCAUGUAAAAGCCAACUGCAGCAUGCGUCUGCAACCCCAAUACAAGGGCGGUGAAGACGUGGAUCCUAGAUGUUUCCUGGCCUCCCAAACUAGUCAAUCAUUAAGCUUCGAGUUCAGUGAGAAACCCAGGCUUUGUGUGAGGAUGCCAGGAAUGGUACCACAUCUUUAAUCCCACCACUUGGGAGGAAGAAGCAAGAGCAGUCUGUUCGACAUGGUGACUCCAGGCCAGUCAGACAUGCAAACUGAGACCCUGUCUAUAAAUAAACAAACAAACAAAAAUAAGGGGACAACUGACAGAGCAAGACACCCAAUGUUGUCUCCGGCAUCUUCACACCCACGCAUGAGCCUUCACACCCACACAUGGGCCUUCACACCCACGCAUGAGCCUUCGCAGGUGUAUACAACACAGACAACAUACAUAUGCACAUACACAUCAAGGAUGCAUGUUUUAAAGUCUGUGAACUGUGCCUCUUAGAAUAUGGUUCAUGGACUAGUGCUGACUAGCUGUUUUCAGUCUAUGUCCCAAAAUAUUUCUGUACUACCUCUGCACACUGAUUAGUUCAGCUAACUUGUCAUUUCUUUUGGUAAUAAAACUUUUAUUGAAUGAAUACAUUUACACUGAUUUGUAUCAUGAGGUUCUUGUACACAGGAAGUUCUUAACAAUAAAAUCAAAUCAAUUGAAUGUGAUAAUAAAGGAUAGUGGGAAAUACUGAGUCCAUUGAAAUAUAAAAUAAAUCUAAAUCAGUAAAAAAUUUAAAUUAUGGAAUUGAAUAUAAAUAUUGUAUUCUUGACAUUGUAGGCUUUAUUUAACAUCAUUUUUUGGGUAAAAUCCUAGGAUUUUGAACUUUUCUAUUUUUGUUGAUUUAACAUGGGAGGGAGAGGUGGGUCUUACUAUGUAGACUGGGUUAGCCUUGUGCUCCUUAUACUGCAAGCUGGCUUCACUCUCCUAAGUGCCCCAAAAUUUAUAUGACCACAAUAUUAUAUUUUAAUAGUAUUGCCAGGCAGUGGGGAUAUAUAUACCUUUAAUCCCAGCACUCAGAAGGCAGAGGUAGGCAGAUCUCUGAGUUUAAGGCUAGCCUGGUCUACAAAGGGAGGUCCAGGAUAGGCAGAUGACACAGAGAAAUCUUGUCUUGAAAAGAAAAAGUUUAUCUUUGUGGGCUACCGACACGCACCAGCUGGGUAAAGCACUUCCCACGAGUGCCUUAUGACCCAAGUACCAUCUCCAGACCUCAGGUAAAGGUAGAAGGAAAGGAACCCGCAACACUGUCCUCUGACCUCUACAUAUGUGUCAUGGCAUGCAUGUGCCCCCACAUAUCACAUACAUACAAAUAAAUAGGAAACUCUCAGAGGAUUCCUAAGCUUCCCUGGUUCCUCAGAUCCAUGUCACAAACCAAUAGGUGUACUGAAUCUAGGAACCAUAGUCCAUGUGUAAUCCACAAUCCACCUACCGAGUCAGCUGCCAGAUGGUUACUCGCAUUGGUAAACUCAGACACCAGUUCAUCAGCUACUUCAUUGUAUGAUGUUGUGCCUUUCCGUUGAACUUUCUCACACACCUUCAUUGAAAAAUGUCUCAAGCCUUUCCCAUUUUUGUCCCCUUUUUUGCUUCGUUUACUAGAAGAGAAAAAGGCUGAUGAAAAAGUUCAUAUUCCAUUAUACUCAGAGAUUCCUCUACAAAACUAUGUAAAAAUAAAACAGGAAAAUAAUCACUUUGUUUCUCUUUCAAGUGAACAAAGUUUAGACUGAAUAAAGGAAAUGUUUUCAAAUUUAAUUUUUCUCUUAAGAGCUUAACAAUACAUAGAAUGCUUUCUAUAAUGUCAUUCAUUUAGUAAGCACGUAUUGAUAAAUUACUGCUAUACGCCAGUGACUAUUAGACACCAGAAAUUAACUUGUGAAAAGCUCUAGCUCUCCUUCCUAGAGACUAUGCAUUAGCUAACACCUAUGUGUCCUUUGACAUUAAAUCAUCAGCAUCUCAGUUCUUACUAAAACUUGAGGGGUCAGAUUAGUUCUAAUAAUAUAUGAGCAUCAGGGAUUUGCAAGAACUGUUUUAGGGACCAGAAGUAUAAAAAUGCAGGUGAAAUUCUUUCCCUCAAUGAGUCUUAGAGCAUAAUGAUCAAACACAUACAUAACAGCAGACAAUUUGAAAGGGAGAAGUGCCAGGCCACAGUUAUUCACGAUGCUCUGUGGGAAGUGGGAAGAUGACUUGUGGGGAGAGGCAUCAACAUUGAGUAAAGACCAAAGGAGGGGGGUAGGGAGCUCUGGUCAGGAGAAGCAGCAGAAACAGCAUGGAGAAAACAUGAAUUACUGAAAACAAGAAGGGCAGAGUCAGCCAGUGCAGUAUGCAGGGUGAGCCAUGACACACAUGAUGAAGACCAGGCUGUGCCUUAACAAGGCAAACAAAUCCGAGUUCAUCUCAUCGUGCUUAUCAACAUAAUCUACUUAUUAACAAAUUAUUUACAUGUUCUGUGUUAUGGACAGAAAAGGCACUAACCAUGUUCUUUCAAAUGGACAUCUUCCUUCACUUCCCUACAUUCCUGCUGUGGGUGACUAAUCUAGAAUUAACUAAAACCCAAGUUGCUAGGUUUCUUUUUUAAUUUUUAUUUCUUGAGACAGGGUCUUACUAUGUAUCUCUGGCUAAUUUGGAACUCAUUUCAUAGAGAAGGCAAACCUCAAACUCAUAAAGAUGAUCCAGUUGCAUCUGCCUUCAGAUUUUCCCUUCCUCCACUCUUUUUCUGUUUUUUUUUUUGUUUGUUUGUUUGUUUGGGGUUUCUUUUUUGUUUGUUUAUUUUUUGAGACAGGAUUUCUCUGUGUAACAACUUUGACUGUCCUGGAGCUUACUCUGUAGACCAGGCUGGCCUGGGAACUUAGGACGUCCACCUGCUUCUGCUUCCUAAGAGCUGGAAAUAAAGGUGUGCGUGCACCACGUGCCUAGCUCCUUCAGACUUUCUUAAUCAGACUAUUUGAAGCAAAGAGAUUCACCUUAAUGGUCAGCCACACUUUCUGGUGGCAGCCCAGAUAAAGGACAUGGAGGAAGGACAUGGACAUGUUGGUCUGCUGCUCCUUGUUCUCACUGUCCUACAGCUGAGGCAUUCCUUCAACAGUUUUAGAUCCAAUUCCUUCAGGAUUUCAACAUACAGCAAAGACCAGUAGCUCUCCAGGAAUCUUCCAGAACUCCAGCUCCAGAUUGGAAAGGCUGAGACAUCUAGCCUCAUGGACUGAAUAACUAUGGGCUUCUUGGCUUUCUCCACUAUGAAACAGCCAUUGCUGGACUUCUCAGACCCCACCCUAUAAACCAGUCUAAAUUGCUUUUUACUGUGUAUGUAUUCAUUCUAGUAGUUCUGUUCCUUUGGAGAAGCUUGGCGAAUACAAUUAGGGAAGAGUCAUUAAUGCCUCCCAGAAUACAGGCACUGUACCUCACAGGCUACUUUAGAAUGCAGUGAAGCCACUAAGUGGUUUUGAGUUGCACAGUAAAGAUAACGACUUGGGCAGACAUUCCUGUGUUAAAGGGGAAGGUGAACUUGUGGUGAAAUAGGAGGUGAAAGAAAAGUCAGCUAAGAAGUUACUCCCACAGCUGAGGUGAUGACCUAGAACUGAAUCAGUGGAAGGGAAGAGGAACAGACAGAACUGUAAAACUUAAAAGGCAAAAAGUAGUAAAACUAAGAAAGAAACAGAGAAACAGCAAAGCCUGAAUUGAGUAUUUAAGUAGUAAUAAGGACACUCUGAGGGGCUAGUGAGAUGGCUCAAUAGAUAAAGGUGUUUGUCUCCAAGGCCAAUGACCCCAGUUAGACAUGGAACCCAAACAGAGGAAAAGAACUGAUUCCAUUAAAUUGUCCUCUGACCUACAUAAUUGUUCAGUGGCAUAUUCACUCCAACACUCAUAAACACAAAACCAACCAACCAACCAACCAAUCAACCAAUCAAUCAAUCAAUGUAAUUUUGAAAAUGUUAGGGCUAGAGCGAUGACUCAGUUAAAAGCACAUACUGUUCUUACAGAAGUCCAGACUUUGGUUAACAGCAUCCACAGCCACCCUAACUCCAGCUCCAGGAGAUCCAAUGCUCUCUCUGGCCUUCGAGAGCACACACAUGUAUGUGACACACAAACACCCACACACACCCCAAACCCUCUUUAACUGCCCAAGCAUGAUGCACAUACCUGUAAUACACUUGAGAGGCUCAGAAAAGAAAAACAAAACAAACAAACAAAACAUACAAAACCACCAACAAAACACUCCCCACUCUUAUUUCAUUAAGUAGGAUGUGUGUGUGUCUGGGAUAGUACAGUAGUUAAGAGCCCUUUUGCUCUUACAGAGGACCUGGUUUGGCUUUUAGCAUCUACAUGGUAGCUCACAACCAUAUGUUAACUCCAGCACCAGGAGAUCAGAUGUCUUCUUCUCAUCUCCUGGGCAUGCAUAUACCAAAAAUUACUGUGACAAUUUGUAUGGUUGCACAGGAGCAUUUUAGGUGCUUCAUAUUCUUGCAAAAAUUAAUAGUGUCUUUUUUUCCUGGUAGCUAUUUGGCAGAUACAAAACAGUGCUACAUUGUGGUUUUCAUUUGUUUUUAUUUUUUACUUUUUUUUUUACUGACUAAUGCUGAGGAGUACUUUUUAGUAAGUUUAUUAACUAUUUCUACUUGUUUCUGCAAUAAUAUUCUAUUGUUUUUUUCAGUUGAGAAAAGGGUCUCACAUUAACCCAGGCUAGCUUAUAAUUCCCCAAGAGCUGGGGGAUGUUGUAAAAACCACUGGCAAGGCUUUAUUAACAGAACAAUCAUCUUAUCAGGUCAAUGACCCUGAGAUGACAACUCACAUUUAACACACUGUAAUACUAAUAUGGUACUGAAUAGAGUGGCCAGCACACCAUUUUGCGCUUAAGCUUACAGAGGGCUCUAAGCCAAUAGUCCCCCCGCACCCCACACCCCAAUAGUGCUAGGAAUGGAACUAGGACUAAUUAACAUCAUACAACACUCCAAUGCUGAGCCAUAUUCCUAGCUUUUAAACUGACAGUCCUUAAUACCAGAGGUAACUGACUUGAGAGACAUUUAUACUUGUUCAAGAGAGACCACAGUGCUUCUGAUUUACAAUCAGGAAAGACAAUCACUGUACUAAUAUUCCAAGAAGAGAUGACCUCAUACCCUGAAAAGUGUCUAGAGAAGUGUUUGUUAUAAUCUAAAACUAUUUAAAAACAAAGCAAACAAACAAACUAAAAAGUUUGGGCAAGUUAGGUGGUACAGAGUGUACUCACUUUGGAAGAACACUCUCUCCCAAAAGGAGGGAGGGGCCUAAAUGACUAAUGUCACAAGGUAUCUAUUGAAACUGCAAAUAAGUGAAUUGAAAACCUUAAUGUAGAAGGAAAUAAUGGUAGGAACUAAGUAAAGUUAAAGUCACACAAAGGAAACUCCCCUAUUUCCAUAGUGGGAUAUGAAACAAAGUACACUUAUACUCACCUUUCUGAAAAAUCGGAGUCUAUAAAUUCUCUAGCUCGUUUUCUAUCACUAAAAAGACAAAAAGACAGCUUAAGCCCAACACAAACACAACUCUAUUUCUUAAAUGAUUUAUUAUAAACUGUCUCACUCUACACUAAAUGUACACAAAAGAAAACUUUUUUUUCAAUGAGUUAAAGACAUGACAAUAUAAUAAUCUGAAAUUGGAAUAAGUUCAAUGAAUACUUGAGAAAAUCAAUACAGAUUUAUACAUAAUUUUUACAAAACCGUUUUAUCUUUAUAGUAUAUGAAUGUAUGUCUGUCAAUUUGUACACAGCAUAAAGCAUAAAGCACUGGACAGGCUGUAACUGUGUUAGCUAACGUAUCCUUGAAGGUUCAUUUUACUCUUUGUCUGCUCCACACUCAAUACAGGCUAGAACCCAAGCAGUGUAUUCCUAAGGAUAUAACUCUUGAAGUAAUAAAACUUCAAAAGGAUAAAAACAAGGCAUGGAGUAUUAUUUUAAUAUUUUUCUUUCUUCCUUUUAAUUUUUAUUUAUGUGUAUGUGUGUCUGUGCCACAUAUAUAUGGGUGCCACAGAGGCCAGAAGGUGGUGUCGGAUGUCCUGGAGACAGGUGGUUAUGAGAGCCACCUGAUGUAGGUGCUGGGAAGCAAGCUCUGCUCCUUUUUGAGAACAAGUGUUCUUAGUACUGAGCCUUUCUUCACUUCGGCCUUUGCUCUUCUCUCCUGCAUGCUUAUGCUCUGCCCACCAGCUCCACCCCUGUGAGCCAAGGUUUUCCUAUGUAACCCAGGCUGCCCUUGAGUGCUCUCAUCUUGCCUCAGCUUCUCCAGUACUGGGGUUAUUGUGAUGCACUCUGGUUAAUUACCUUUUGCAGAAGAUGGGGUGCUGAGGUAACUGAGGAGAAAGGCUAGCAAAAAGCAUUUCAUAAACAAAGAUGAAAAGGGCUUGAUAGUAAUGGUGGUAAAUGGUAACAAAGGGUUAUUGCCUAGUAUUGAUUUAAAAAUAUCAAGGGACGUUUUAAUAAAAAUGUUAAUACAUUUGUCUUCUUUUCUGAUUUUUAGGAAAGUUGAAGGAAUACUCAUGAAUAAAGCCAAUAAUUAACACAACUCCUUCCUUAUGUGUCAAAACAAUGUAAAAUUUGGUUUUGUAUCUCCAAAACAGCUAAGUAUAAUCAUAAAGCAGUCAUAUAAAAAAAAUAAAAAAAUAAAUAAAAAAAAAUAAAGCAGUCAUAUUUCAGAACUGUAAAGUCAGGAGAUCCAGUUAUAAGUUAAAUUAUUUUUCUCAGCUUAAAUAUGGUUGUACUCACUGGAUAUGGUGCUACCUGCCUAUGGGCAAUUCCAAGUUGGAGGCAAGCCUGGGCUACAUACUGAGCCCAAGUAUAAUUGGUGAUUUUAAAGCAAUAUAUGAGUUUCUACAGAGUUAAACUAGCUGGGUAUCAUAGCAAGUAACUGUAAUCUCAAUACUCAAGAGGCUGAGGCAGAAGGGUCACUAAGAGUUCAAUGCAGGUCGGACUAUGUAUCAAGUACCAGGUUAGUCAGGGUUAUAUCCCAAGACUGUCUCAAACACUAAAAGCCACAGAACUCCCAGCAACUUGCAAUCCCAGCACUCAGAAGACGCAGCAGACUGAUCAGGACCGCAUCUUAAGACGUCCCAAAACAAAAUAAAUAAGUCUCCCCCACCCCAAAACCAACCAAUAGAACUAGAUUAACAGAACAGGAGAACAUAGGGCUGGGGAAAUGGCUCCGAGUAUAAAACACUUGCCAUGCAAGCCAGAGGACCAGACCCCCUAGCACAUACACAAAAGGCAGGACUUUAGGGUGACCUGCCUGUAAUUCCAGGAUUUACUCAGGAGGUCAAGUUAGGGGAUUAUUGGGGUAAAAUGGUAUGCGAGAUUAGCCAAAUCAGCAACAAAAAAAACUCCCCUCAGUAAAUAAAAUGGCGAACAAUCAAGGUAAACACCUUAUGUUAGCCUCUGACCUCCAUAUGUAUGCACAUACAUGUAUAUUCACCUAUAUUACAUAUGCUCAUGCAAACAUGAACAUGCACGUCACACACGGACACAGCAAUCUGAAAAAAGAACUGGAGAGGGUUGGGGAUUUAGCUCAGUGGUAGAGCGCUUGCCUAGGAAGCGCAAGGCCCUGGGUUCAGUCCCCAGCUCUGAAAAAAAGAACCAAAAAAAAAAAAAAAAAAAAAAAAAAGAA